UUAUUGAGUAUUUUAUUCGUAAUGCCACCAAAAACUCCAGGUAAAGGUGCGAAGAAAGGCGGCAAGGCCAAGAAGGCCCGUGGUGGUCCGAAGAACAGAAGACGACGCAGAAGAGAAUCCUAUGGUAUUUAUAUAUACAAGGUCUUGAAACAAGUUCACCCAGAUACUGGUAUUUCUUCAAAAGCAAUGUCCAUCAUGAACAGCUUCGUCAACGACGUAUUUGAACGUAUUGCCUCCGAAGCUUCCCGACUGGCCCUAUAUAACAAGCGUAGUACAAUCUCCAGUAGAGAGGUUCAGACCGCUGUUCGUCUCUUGUUGCCCGGUGAGCUUGCCAAGCAUGCUGUCAGCGAAGGCACCAAGGCAGUCACCAAAUAUACAAGCUCUAGAUAA